AUGCAGUCGUUCAAUUAUGGUUCGAUGCCGAUGGGAGAGCGAGGGGUUAUCAUGACUUACCGCGCCCAGCACCUCCAACAACAGCAGGGCCACACGCACCAUCAACAUCUGCAUCAACACCAACAUCAUAAUCAGCAACAGCAGCAUCACAAUCACCAGUACUAUAGCUACCAUACACAUUACCAGGCUGUGGUGUCUCCCAACGGUACCACCGCACCUCAGUUAACACAAGCAUCGUUUUUUCCCCUUCAUGCUGUAGUAACCCCGCCUCAUUAUUACAAUCAUUUGCAUCACCAACAUCACCUCUCGCAUUCCCAACAUCAUACACAGCCGAACUCUGGUGUGGGGUAUGCUAACACGGAGCGUUCUGGAUUUUCGCUAUACACGCCUGCAGUUUAUGAUGCGGGUUAUUCUGCUUCUCGGCAGUCAUCUCAUCGAGAGAGUCAUCGUGGGGGCCGUGGUCGCACGGCAACGCGAGGAGGAUACAACGCAGAGGGCGAUUUUCGCGAAUCUUACUUUGCGGUCCAAUUAAAGAGUUUUGCGGCGUUGGACGAAGCAAAACAAAAGAGUAGCAUACGUGAAUCUCUUCAUCCGACGGUGUUUGGGAGAAUGAGGCGUCGCGCAUCACCCGGAGUACUAAAGAUUCUUGUCAUUGUGGAACGACAGUAUCUUGCGGCAUGCAUGUCAGUACCCCAGUCGGAUGACGACGUGAUUUUAUCGAAGGGAGUUGCGAUGACAUUUUUAGAUGUACAGCACGUUUAUUGUGACGACGGCAUUCGAUUAGUGGACAUGGAUGACGGCACCCAUGUUGUAAAACACGUCUAUUCGACACUUCGAACUGCUCUGGCCCAACUGGCAGCACAUGACAGGACGCAUAACAAGAGAGAGGCUACCGUAAAUCUUUUACAACCCACCGGUAAACUUUUGCUGAAAGACAUUCUUGUCAAUCGUGCCGUGGCCACGACGAUUUUGGAGACUUUGGAAAGAGACGACGAGGAUGCAAAUAAUUUUUGGAUGCAACUUCUUUUUGAGCCUGCUCCUCCCACGGCGACGGAUGGCGCGGGUGGUUCGUCGCAGCAGCAGCAGCAGCAGCCAUCUAGAAAGUCAGGUCCUCCCCCGUUUCUUCCAUCAUAUGGGGUGGCAAUUUUUGCCACGACGCAGGGGAAUUGGUUGUUUAGAAAGGCUAUGAUGCAUCCCCAGCGAAGAGAGGCUUUCUUUCGCGUGUUACAGGACGCGGCAGUAGCAUCUCCGCAGGAUGACACUGAAGCGGUGCUGUCACCGACUAUUCCCGAACGGCUAUUUCUGGCUCUGUUUUCUUCUCCUCUGGUAUCGCGCUUUGUGUUUGAGUGCUUUGGUUUGGUGGAGGGGGUGCAGCUUUGUGAGGCGGAGUUGACAGUUCUGUAUGCCGCUCUGGGGCGACUUGCACUAAAGGUUGUCUGCAGCACCGGCGGUAGUUUUCUCAUGACGGCGCUGGUGAAGGCACUUUGCCCAAGUCGCUUGACCCGCGGGCAAAAGACGAGUGGGAAACGUGGCCGUGACACGGAGACGCAUCUAAAACAACAACACAGCGACGAUGAGGACCAACACCGUGCAACUGGCGGUGACGGUGGUGGUGAUAACGAGGGAAAUAACACUGGAAGCAGCGAGCAAGAAGAAAAGACAAAUGGUAUGUAUGAGCAAAAUCGACCCAUCCACGUGGUGGGGCAGGAAUACCGUAUGUCGGAGAUGUCUUCAGAGUGGCGACUCAUUUACGCGGUAGCUCGGGCCUUUGUAUCCGGUCCCAUUCCUGGUGAUACGGAAGAAACGGAGGCAACGCUGAGUUGCCGUGUCAAGCUGCUCACACAACACGUCGUGGCGUGCCGGUCCAUACAGAGUCUUAUUCCCUUCUUUGCUGAUACCGUUGCCCAAGAGGAAACGGAUCCAAAGCAGCAGCAGGAAAGUGUGCAAAACACAUUGCCUGAUGCAGCACAGUUCUUCGAUGACUGUUCGAAAAUCCUCUCGGAGAUUGCGAAUCAAACGGGACUUCUGGCGAACAUAGUUACGGGAAUUACGUAUUG